UUUUUUUUUUUUUUUUCCGAUUCAUAAAGCGCGGAGCGAGGAGGCGGGCAUGAGUAGCCCCUCAGCCGCGGCGUAGCUCCUUCACUGUGCUUCCCCAGCCCGGAGCCGCGGCAGCGCCGGCCGCCGGGGUGAGCCUGGGGCGCUCUCCGGCCCCUUCUGCUACGGGGGGCAGCGGCGGCGCCGCUUCCCCGCUCCCCCUGUGAGCCUCAAAGUUUUUCCCCCGCCUCUGCGCGGCCCCACCGCGGCAGCAGCGCCGCCGCCGCGCAGGCAGCCGCAGCCGGCGUUGGCCAGCGGCAGGCGGAGCGGCGCCGGCGCUGCCCCUGCUUCUCGCGCGGACCUGGCGGCGGCACCACCGACCCCGCGGACCUAGCUGCCAGUGCCCGGCCUCGGCCCUGCCCGCUCCCGGCCCCGUCCCUCUCCUUGCCGCGGCGGAAAGUUUCCCAGCGCCUGGCGGAAGGAGGAGCUGAUGCAUGGGCUUCUUACUGACUUCAGCACUAAAGGUAACACGCUGAAUACUGUGGAGAGGGAGUAAAAGCUGCAAGAUGCUCUAUGGAUAUGUAUUGGGUUCUUCUGCACAUAUGUAGAAUAAGGUCCAGCUAGCAAGCCAGAAUCAAGGAAGUUGUGGAAGACUGCUCAGAGAAGCUGAAGGGAUAUAGUACAUUCGUCUGGAGUUUUUGUUGAAGCCAUAUCCAUCCAGGAUUGAAAGGGACUUGCCUGUCACUGAAAGCAGUUCAGAGAGCAAGUGCUCACAAGCUCAGGAUGAUGGGGACAUAAUUCAACAGAUUCAUUUGGAACAGCUGUCAUUCUUCUAGCUGACAGAGGGACCAGAAAGAAAGGUGAUCAACAUAUAAUCUCAAGAACUAUUGCUGAGAAGUGCAAUUAAGGCUAUCACUCUGUGACACUACAGCAAGCUCUGCUGGAGUAUGAAGAAGGUUCAGAAGUUCAUAUCUGCCUUGAGUGAAGUUUGACAAAAAAUGUUACAGCGAUUUUGUCUCUGGAAAUGGUUAGCUGUAGGGGUUGCAGUUGCUACUAUCUUAGCAUGUUGUUUGGCCCAGAAUGAUGAAGACUGGCAAUAUGAGGAUUGCAAAUUGGCCAGAACAGGUCCUCCAGCCACAAUAGUUCCUAUUGAUGAAGAAAGUCGGAACGGCACUAUCCUGGUUGACAAUAUGCUGAUCAAAGGGACAGCAGGAGGGCCAGACCCCACCAUUGAACUCUCCUUAAAGGACAAUGUAGAUUACUGGGUGAUCCUCGAUCCUAUCAGACAGACAUUAUACCUAAAUAGCACUGGCCGAAUUCUGGACAGAGAUCCUCCAAUGUCCAUUCAAUCCAUUGUGGUGCAAGUCCAGUGUGUUAACAAAAAGGUUGGCACCAUUAUCAACCAUGAAGUACGGAUUGUGGUGAGAGAUAGGAACGAUAACUCGCCUCAGUUCCAGCAGCAGCAAUACUAUGUGGCAGUAAAUGAGCUAACUCCCGUUGGAACAACCAUUUUUACAGGAUUUUCUGGAAACAAUGGUGCUACUGACAUUGAUGAUGGUCCAAAUGGCCAGAUAGAAUAUGUCAUCCAGUACAAUCCUAAUGACAAGACUUCCAACAGGACCUUUGAUAUUCCUCUCACUUUGUCUGGAGCAGUAGUUCUACGGGAAAGACUAAAUUAUGAAGAAAAGACUCGUUAUUUUGUCAUUGUUCAAGCAAACGACCGAGCCCAAAAUCUUAAUGAGCGACGGACAAGUACAACCACACUGACAGUAGAUGUGCUUGAUGGGGAUGACUUGGGCCCAGUGUUUCUUCCUUGUGUCUUGGUGAACAAUACUCGUGACUGUAGACCUCUCACCUACCAAGCAAGCUUGCCAGAACUGACUGAUCCUGAACAUGUGAACCCCAUCAGUGUCACUCCACCCAUACAAGCCAUAGAUCAGGACCGAAAUAUUCAGCCUCCUUCUGAUCGACCGGGCAUCCUCUAUUCCAUCCUAGUAGGUACUCCUGAAGAUUAUCCACAGUAUUUCCAUAUGAAUCUCACAACAGCUGUACUGACACUCCUAAAGCCAAUAAACAGGGAUUUACACCAGAAGUUUGACUUGGUUAUUAAGGCUGAACAAGACAAUGGCCAUCCUCUUCCUGCCUUUGCCAAUCUACAUAUUGAAGUCCUUGAUGAGAACAAUCAGAAACCUUACUUCACAAGAUCUACAUAUGAGGGCUUCAUCCUCGAAUCCUCUCCGGUCGGGACGACCAUCUCUGACAACCACAAUCUGACUUCUCCACUACAAAUCGUAGUGUUGGACAACGAUGUGGAGGAGACCAAGGAUCCCCAGCUCCAUCUCUUUCUGAAUGAUUACAAUACGUUUUUCACUGUGACUCAGAGUGGCAUCACCCGCUACCUCACUUUGCUGCAGCCUGUUGACAGAGAAGUCCAGCAACUUUACACCUUCUCGAUGACAGCUUCUGAUGGUGUACAGGAGAGUAUCCCAGUGACUGUCAAUAUCCUGGUGAUUGAUGCAAAUGAUAAUUCCCCAGCCUUCUCCAAUAUAUCAUACAAUGUCAAGAUUUAUACAGAUAUGAGGCCUGGGGAAGGCGUUAUAAAGCUCACCGCUGUAGAUGCAGACGAGGGACCCAAUGGACAGAUAGUAUAUGAAAUUUUGGCUGGGGAUCAGGGAGACUUCAUCAUCAAUGACCGAACAGGCCUUAUCACCAUUGCUCCAGAAGUUGUAUUGUCAGUGGGGCGAUCCUAUGCUCUCACUGUCAAAGCAUCUGAUAGUGCUCCUCCUGCACAGAGAAGGAGCUCUAUUACUACUGUUUACAUUGAGGUCCUUCCACCUAACAACCAGAGCCCUCCCCGCUUUCCCCAGCUGAUGUACAGCCUUGAAGUCAGUGAGGCCAUGAGAAUUGGAGCCAUUUUGUUAAACCUGCAGGCUUUUGAUAGAGAGGGUGACCCUAUAAGAUACCUCAUUCAGAAUGGAGAUCCUCAACAAGUUUUUAAUCUCUCUCAAAGUUCUGGACUGCUAGCCUUAGGAAAACCCUUGGACAGAGAAAGCACCGAUCGCUAUAUUCUGAUUGUUACAGCCUCGGAUGGCAGACCAGAUGGGACCUCAACUGCUACUGUUAAUAUAGUGGUGACGGAUGUAAAUGACAACGGACCAGUUUUUGAUAUGUUUCUACCUAAAAACCUGUCUGUACAGGAAGAGGAAGCCAAUGCUUUUGUUGGUCAAGUAAGGGCUACAGAUCCAGAUGCCGGUGUUAAUGGUCAAGUUCAUUACAGUUUGGCAAACUUCAACAAUCUUUUCCGAAUCACCUCAAAUGGUAGCAUUUAUACGGCAGUUAAACUGAACAGAGAAGUAAGGGACUAUUAUGAACUUAUUGUUGAAGCAACAGAUGGAGCUGUGGACCCCCGCCGUUCAACACUAACUUUAGCAAUCAAGGUGCUGGAUAUCGAUGACAACAGCCCUGUUUUUACCAAUGCUUCCUAUACUGUCUGUGUGCCAGAAAAUCUACCACCAGGCACUGUCUUCCUGCAAAUAGAGGCAAAGGAUAUUGAUCUUGGUUCUGAUGUUAACUAUCGAAUACGAACACAGGAAGCACUACAGUAUUUUGCACUGAACAAGUAUACAGGUGAAUUAUCGCUUUUGAAGUCCUUGGAUUACGAAUCGUUCUCUGACACAGAAGCAACUUUCACCUUUCUUGUGGAAGCCUUCGACAGCAAGGGCACUAUGCCUCCUGGUCUUGCUACUGUCACAGUGAGAGUAAAGGAUAUGAAUGAUUACUCUCCAGUAUUUAGCAAAAAGCUCUACAGGGGAAUGGUUGCUCCUGAUGCAGUCAAGGGUACUGUUAUCACUACCGUUUCAGCUGAGGAUCAAGAUCCUCCAGGCACACCAGCAAGUCGAGUCCGAUACAAAGUAGAUGUUGUCCAGUUUCCUUACAGUGCUAGUAUUUUUGACGUGGAGGAAAACUCAGGACGUGUAGUAACCCGAGUAAACCUAAAUGAAGAGCCAAGUACAGUGUUUAAGCUAGUGGUCAUUGCAUAUGAUGAUGGGGAUCCUGUGAAGUUCAACACCACCACUGUAGAAAUUGCUGUACUGCAGCCUUCAGUAAUUCCACGGUUUACACAGGAUGAAUACAGACCCCCACCAGUGAGUGAAAGUGCACCAAAAGGAACUGUGGUCACCAUUGUUACAGCGGCUGCCUUGAACCAGACAAUUGUAUAUUCAAUUGUUUCAGGAAAUGAAGAGGAUGUGUUUGCUAUUAAUAAUAGAACAGGCAUGAUCUCAGUUAAAAAGUCUCUGGAUUAUGAAAGUGUGAAAAGUUAUGAGCUUCGAGUUCAAGCAGACUCCUUACAAGUGGUACGAUCCAAUCUGCGUGUCCCUUCCAAAAGUAAUACAGCCAAGGUAUUUAUUGAAGUGAAGGAUGAAAAUGACCAUGCACCUGUCUUUACAAAAAAAAUGUACAUUGGAGGGGUAUCUGAAGAUGCUAAAAUGUUUUCUUCUGUGCUUAAAGUUAAGGCAGAUGAUAAAGACACUGGGAAUUACAGUGCCAUGCAAUACAGACUCAUCAUUCCUCCAAUCAAGGAUGGUAAAGAAGGUUUUGUGAUUGAAGCUUACACUGGGCUAAUAAAAACUGCUAUGCUCUUCAAAAAUAUGAGAAGAUCCUAUUUCAAGUUUCAGGUCAUUGCAACUGACGAUUAUGGAAAAGGACUGAGCAGCAAAGCAGAAGUACUUGUCUCUGUGGUCAAUCAGUUGGAUAUGCAAGUCAUCGUCUCUAAUGUUCCUCCCACCCUUGUGGAACAAAACAAAGACCAACUUAUAGGGAUUUUGGAACGGUAUGUCCAAGAUCAGAUUCCUGGUGCAACAGUUGUGGUGGAAUCGAUUGGUGCGCGGAGGUUUGGGGAUGGGUACUCUGAAGAGGAUUAUACCAAGUCUGACCUCAUGGUCUAUGCAAUUGACCCUCAAACAAAUAGAGCUAUAAUGAGGAACGAACUUUUUAAGAAACUGAAUAAGAAGGAAGGGAAGAGAAAGGAAGAGACCAGGUUCCUGGAUGGCAAACUGCUGGAUAUCAAUAAAGAGUUUCAGCCAUACCUGGGGCAGGGCGGACGCAUCCUGGAGAUCCGCACCCCAGAUGUGGUAGCGAAUGUCAAGAAGCAGGCACAAGCUGUAGGCUUCACGGAAGGCGCGUUACUUGCUCUGGCCGUCAUAAUCAUCCUUUGCUGUAUGCCAGCUAUUUUAAUAGUUAUGGUCAGCUACAGACAAUUCAAAGAACGGCAGGCUGAAUGCGCCAAGACUGCAAGAAUCCAGAUGGCUUUACCAGCAGGCAAACCAGCAAGCAGCACUGCCAAUAACCUCUAUGAAGAGCUUGGUGAUAACACCAUGCGAGGAUAUGCACAGCAAGAGCAACAGCAAUUGCUGAGACCUUCUCUUCUCAGACCAGAGGAGUUAAGUAUGGAAUCUGGAAUUGACCCAGGACAGGAAUACUAUGGGCAAGAUUACUACAGCUAUGAACAUGGGUAUGAACUUCCUCAAUAUGGGAGCCGACGACGACUGCUGUCUCCUUCGGGGAUGUACGAUGAGUAUGGGGAAGUCAUGGUGGAGAAUGACGGUGGCUACUACUAUAGUCCACAUGGAUCAACAGCAGAAGAGGGGAUGAGUCAAGGCAGAGGUCCUUCAAGCAGAGGUAUAAGCCAGAGAGCAGGGGCUCAAAUAGAAGGUAGACCUUUAGGAGGUGGGAUGGAUCUAAGACAUGGAAGAGUGUAUAGGACCAGCCAGCGAAAAAGGAAACUAAAAGCAGUGAUGCAUUUAAGUCGCGUAGCAGUCAGUGCUCACAAAACCGUAGGAAAAACUGAGUCUGCUCAUUCUCCGUGGAAGAAAGCAAAGAUAUUCCCAAUGAUUCUGCAUAAAGUGAAGGGUGGUAGGAAAGAUUCCAGUUAUGCCAAGUUGACGUCAGCUCGCCAAGUGGACGGUGAGAAAAGUAUGAUUAUCAGGGGAAGUUACUUUCAGAAAUCGACAGAUGACAGGCCUUCAAUGAGAAAACUAAAUCAUGUGUUAAAACGCAUUAGUGUCUCCAGAAAAUUUCAAGAGCCUACUAGCAAAGAUUUAGUGCAUGCAAGAGGAAAAGGAGAGGAAGAAUAUGAAAGAGAUGAAGCAAAAUCAGGAGUUUCAAUAAAUAUCACAGCAGAGAGUGAGCAUGAGGAUAGUGAUUAUGAGAAGAAGAAAAAGAAGAGAAGAAAAUACACUUCGGAUGAAUCAUCGGUGAAAAGUAGCAGCUCUGGCUCAGAGUCAGAAGAUAAAGACUACUUGAAAGUUACUCUGGACCAAGAUGAAGCCACUGAAAGUACUGUGGACUCAGAUGAAGAAACUGGGCAUGACUUUGGGGAUUCUGAUGAUGACUCUGGAUCCAGCUCUAACAGUGAAUCAGAGGAGGACUCAUCUGAAGAGGAUGACGAUGAGGAAGACUCUGACAGUGAUGAAGAUGGUAGCCUGUCAAAGAGCUCAUCUACACGAAAUUCAUGCAACAAAUCAGGGAGUAGCGGGUCCAGCAGUAGAAAAAGCACUGAAAGGUCCAGUAUAAAAAGUCGGGAAGGUAGCUCUUGUGGCAGAGCGAGGCAAUGCAGCCGUAAAUCAAGUAUUAGCUCUAAUGUAUCAGGUAGUGAAAGGGAUACGAGCUACAGGAAAGCUUCAGGAUCCAGCUAUGAGAGCAAAACCUCUUCUGCCAGCCUUGAAAUAGAAGAAACAAUAGAAGAAGUGUCAGAAGAAGAUGAACAAGUGGAUGUUGAGCAAGUUAGUGCAAUCCCUGAUGAGAUAGCAGGUAACUCAAAUAAGGCAGUUUCUGAAACAUCUGCCAAUGCAAAAAUGUAUGCUACUGACGAAGACAAGAAAGGAAAAUCAGCUGUUAAUAGUAAGGAUAGUGUGGGUGAAAGUACAGAAGAGGCUGAUACAGAUGCUAGCGACAGGGAGGAAGCUAUCAGUAAGAAUGAAUCUUCUUGUCUAGAAAGUGAAAUCAGUGUUACUUCCAAAGGAACUGGAGGGACAAAAAGCACAACUAGUGCCACUUCUGGUAAAACUACUACUUCUCCUGAGUCUGAGAAUCAAAGUUCUGACACCAACACAAAAAGAAAGAAAAUAAAAAAAAAGAUGUCCCAGGAAAACAGUCAGUCCCAGUCAGAUGAGACCCUGGAUACUGCCGUUACAGAGUCAGAGACUGCUGGUAAUUCUACAUCCUUUUAAAAAGGAGCAAUAGUAGGUGAACAUUUUGCAGUAAAGAGUGAUCUUGUUUGCUGUGCGCCUUUGUGUGGUCUUUCCUGAGAAAUACACACUUGACUAGAGAUAGCCAAAAAGAAAAUGUUAAAGCUUAUUGCUUCAGCAUUUGAACCCUGUCUUAAGGAUAGACAGUAUAAAACCAAAUUAAUAUAAUUCCUCUGAGACACUACUCAGGUAGACUUAGUGGUAGAUAUAGAAAAAUUAAUUUUCAUUAAGCAGUGGCAGGAAAGAGUACUUCUUUUUCUCUGCUAGUUUCAGUAACGUGGUUAAAGAGGCAUUGCGUUGUUUCUUAGAUUUAAUCCUUUUUGCAUUAUGCACAUUCUGAAGUAACAUUGCAUUUUGCUUUAGCUGUGAUGGAUAGCUUGAUGAACCUGAUGGCACAAACCUAUUAAGGAGCCUCUGUUCAUGCAGGUUGUGUCUGUCACAAAAUGGAAUGCUGCAGGAAGGAAAAAGGGCAAAACCUGGAAUUCAAUGAAGAACAGGAAUGAGGAUGAAAAGACUUAGAAGUCAUACAUGGUUUCACUUUAUGUGAAACCUAUCAUACAACGUUUGCUAAUCUUCAAAUGAGUUCUCUGCUGUAAACAUUAGCCCUGUUUGCAGGGAAGACAACUGAAACAGCAGCAAAGCAAUGCUUCUAAAACUGCAGACUGUUACUGGCAGAGCUGGGAUUAAACUGUUUCUGGAUCAUGGGAUUCAGGUUUCAGGUACCAGUGGUGUACAAGACAGGAACGCAGAGGUAGGUGUGCAAAGUGAGCUUGGUCAGAAAAGAAAAUGGAUUAUGUUUCCAGCUUCUGUACUUCCCACCUAACAGUACAGUGAUUUUAUUAUUUCUUUAAACAUCUGUUUAAAAGUUUGACAUACAUAACAGCAAAGUAUUGCUGAAGGUAACCAUCAUCUAUGUUCUGUAUUUUAGUAUUUGCCUUUUAAAAUUCAAUAGCCUGUAGUGUCUUAUGUCAUUCAAUAGAGAAAUUUUGUAGUGCUUUCAUUAGCACAAUUCAGCUCAGAAUGAGCAUGAUUGCAUAGGAAGGACUUGUGUUAUUGACAGCACAAGUGACCUUUUCAUUUUCAUGUAAUGAGCAAACUUUGCAUGAUAUAUCUCCUCACAGAGCUCUUGUCAGUGCUGUCAGCACACAGAGUACGUAAGCCUGGUAUACAAGCAAGCUAUCUGUGCUUUAUUUACCCACAGCCACCAAGCUGUUUCUCAACCACCAGAUUUAUCCAGAUAAGCCAUAAGAAGGCUAAAUAAAAUUAAAGCUUUGAGCCAGUAUUGGAUUAGUCUUGUGAGUACUUUAGAGCUAUUACAAAUUCUGGCAUAUGCACCAAAGCUCUGCCAUGAAGUCUCUGUUAGACGGGGGAGAGAAAAAUGUUUGAAUUUUUAAGGUACUUGAGCCUGCUGUGGAGUUACCUUGGCAGGACAACUGGUGUUCAGCUGCAAAGCAUGAUACUAAUUUUAAAACUAUUGUCUUUAUUCCAAUUGAAAUGUGAACUAGAUUUAUGAUCACUUAUCUACUUUUUUGUAUUCCCACAUAGCACGGACUUGUCGCUGCACAGAGUGUUAUAACAUAAAUCACAUUUAAACUACUCAGUCUUUUCAUCUACCUGAAUAUAUCUUUGUGAAGAAAAUUGUAUAUCUUUAUCAGGAGCAAAAGAGUAGGCAUCUAAGUAAUUUGUACAAAAUAUAACUUCUCAGAAGCUGAAGAGUAAUCACCACUGUUUGAACCUUGCAUGACUUUCUUUAAAAACUGGCUUUUAUUGUAUGCAUGUGUAUGUAUUGCAGUGGGAGUUAACUGUGAUGGUAUCUGCUGCCUUAGUUAAAUAACAGUAUUUUCAUUAUGAAUGUAAGAAUGAUAGGAGCUUGUUUCAGUCUACUGAAAGGAGGCAUUUAUUUUAAAAAGAUCAAUUACAAAUUAAAAUAAGUAGUGUGUUUUGUGUAAUCAUUAUUAGUACAAAGUCACAGCAACAUGGAAAUUGUUUACAUUAACUCUUUUAAAAAAUACAAAAAUUAUACGAAAUCUAAACUCUCUUUUCUCCACCAUCUCCCGUUUAACAGCAAAGAUUCCAUUAGAUUGGAACUCACACAAAGCCUUAUAUCAAGUUUUUCUUUUUUUAAACAGCCAAUUUUACCAACAUAGUGCCUGAGAAUUUCCCUUGUGUAGGUCCCAAGAUCUUUCUCUGCUUGAUGUGUUGUGCAUAUAAAACAGACCUGCUCAAUGCCAUUUCUGCACUGAAUUUACAAUGUACUAAUGCUCUGGAAGAAAACUUUUAAGGCCAUUCUAGCAUUUGCUCAUCAGUACAGAAGUUUCUUAGAAGUAUCACACAAUGGCUUCAUCAUCAGUGCCUUCUAGUUUCUGUUAGAAGAGGUCAUUAAUCUAGUUGUUUUUCUUUGUAAGACAAACCGAGACACUGCUUUGUAAAAAUAUGACUGGCUUACAACUAUCAUGAUACACAGAAGUUUUCUUUCAGAAAGUAAUAUCUCCAUUCUCAGCAUUCUCCAAUGAAGGUGCACUUCUACUUAAUGGGAGCACAGCUGAAUACAUCUAUAGGAAAAAAAAAUCCAAAACCCAAAACCCAAACAACCCAAAUUUGUAACUACUUAACUACUUUCCAAAUCUGAAGAAAAACAUCACAGUUUUUAUACACUGUCUUGCAUUAUGCUGUUCAUAAACUAAAACGAAUUUAUCAGUCUUAUAACUUUUUAGUACAAGGCAUUGUUUGUGUGUUCAAGCAUUAGGUAUAUAUGAUAGAGGCACACAGUGGUAAUCAAAACAAUUAAGAAAGAUCUGUGUACAAGCUAAAAGGAAGGGUACAAAAGACCAAGUUAAUAAAAAUCCAUAUGAGUCUCUAGAUGAAAGACAAGAUAAAAAACAGAUAGAAAAAAGGCAGGAAAAUGUAAGAAAUAGUGCUAAGGUUUAAUGAUAUUUCUGUUUGUUGUCAAACAGUGGGCCAGAAAGAAAAGGAUCAAGAUGAUAGUCGACCCAGAGUAUGAGACCAGCUCCACUGGGGAAGACAGUGCUCCUGAUUCCAGCCAGAGGAAUCGUCUUAAUAACCCAAAUAUUCAAAACAACAUCAAUGGUAACAUCUACAUUGCACAAAAUGGCUCUGUUGUCAGAACCCGGCGUGUUUGCCUUGGUAAUAAUUUAAAAGUCACAUCUCCAGUGAGGCUGGGGAAACAAUUCAAGAAACUGGACAAGCUUGCAGUGACACAUGAGGAGAAUGUCCCACUGAACACGUUGUCAAAGGGACCAUCUUCUAGUGAUAAAAUGAACACAAGACCUUGCAGUGUCUCAUUUGCUUCCUCUACUAUAGGGGCUGAAAAUAUAGUAACAAAGCCAGGGGGCUCCAAAAUGAAAAGCACAGAAGAGCAAGAAUCAAUUGUUGAUAAUGAGGAUGUCAAAGAGCCCUUGGAGUCACACAGUGAACACACACAGUCAGAUGAAGAGGAGCUCUGGAUGGGCCCUUGGAACAACCUUCACAUACCAAUGACAAAACUGUGAUUUUUUUUUUUUUUUUUUUUAAUUUUUACUUCAGUUUAUAAUAAACUGCACUUUUUAUUGUCACUGAGGAAAAUGUAUGAAAUUUGUAUUGUGCACAUACAUUGUAUACUACAAGCGACACACUUUAAAGUUUAAAAACAAAAUUUGCACUCACAUUUGUACCAAUUAAUUGUCCUCCCAACAAUUAUUUUGACAGGCUCCCAUUUCACUAAACAAUACUUCAUUUAAAUUAAUUCGGUUUUUUGAAUCUUGAUUUAUUGUUUAAUAAACAGUAAACUACUAAUAAAUGCACAGCAACAUUUGGUUAACUUUUCAGGCAGUUCUAUACAUGCCUAGCUUGUUUUUCUGUAUGGUACUUGUGGCUAUACUUGUUUAGAUUUGGAAAUUGUCUAUUUAUGUUCAAGAUUUAUAUCCAGAGCUCUUGAUUCUGAACUUAGAGUAAUAAAUUAAAAAUAAAUCCAUGAAAGUCAAUGGAGCAAAUCCUCGGCUGGCUUAAAUUUGAGUAACAUUGCCAAAGUCAGUAGUGAUAUACCAGUUUAUGCAAACAGAGGAUCUCGCUCAACACCCAGCUAUCAAACUCAUGUAAGAGUGGAAUCAGAGUUUAUAAUAGUAUAGCACUGUUACACAGAAAAGUGGAAUAGAAGAUUAAAUAAGCUAAAAAUUGUGAAGAGGAAGGAAAUGUGUAGCAAUUAAUCUUAUUCAGUUAUCUGGCUGUGGUUUGUUCAUUUUCAUUUGUAAAUUGGCUCAUUCCAAUUUUCUAGUUAGUUUUUCAUCUUUUCAUCUCUUCCCACACCAGUUCUGUUUUCUUUUUUAUAUGGUCUUUAGCUCCAGUUUUUAUGCUCAUCAGCAAUUGUCAUCCUAUGGCUAUAUUCCUCCAAAGUAAACCAGGAUGAUACACGAGUCUGUGUGAUAGAAAUAGGCAUUAAAGAGUAAUUAAUAGGAAAGGAAUGGAUGCAUUUCAAGCCCAGCUAGCUAGUAGGUUAAAUGGUAUAAUCACCCUUCCACUCCAAUAGUGUUGAACAUGAACCUGUUGAAAAGACAAAUGGAUCAUGGUGAAGAGGAUAAAAACUGAAUGUUCUACGAGGCUGAUAUGCAUAAAUAUAUCUGUGAAGGGCAGAGAGAGUCAGAACACACACAGAGAAUUAAAAACUUGAAGUAAGCAUUACUUGUAAAAUACACCACAUAAAUUUUGGCUCCUGCUUAUAAUUUCUGUUUGUACCUCUAAGUAGUGAGUGUGUUGUAUUACAACUUGAAUAGGGGCCUGAGAAAUGCCACUGUUCAUAGUCACCAAUACCUAAAAGACAUUAGCAAUACAGAGUGAAGUAUUUUUCUCCAAUGUGAUAUAGGAAAGAAAAAAAAAGAUAUAUUCACAUAAGAAGCGUGUCCUGUUGUAUUAUGCAAACUCUUUUUUUUCAGGAUAAAAUCAAACUGGUUGUGAGAACAAUAUGGAUAUCUCUUGUAAGAUAGGAAGAGUCAACAGAUAAAUGUUUACAAUUUAAGGAAAUUAUUGAUAUCAUCAUUCUUUUCCUGUUGCUAUGGUUGAAGUUUUGUCACAAGAUCUGGAUGACCAUGACUAUUGGUUCUGCUCUGGCAGUAAAUGGACUUCUGCUACUGUGAUUGUUUUCCUCUUGCACAGGUUCUCACCCUUAAUUCCUCUUAAUGUUUGUCUUUUAGAAGCUGUUCGCAUGUUAUGCCGAUGUAAAUGUGACAGUUCUGUCAAAUGCCUCCUUUUCAAGCUGAGGUUUCCAACCAAAUAUUUUGAGAGAUGGUGCUUGGUUUUAGGCAUGAGAAACACAAUAUUAGCCUACCACACAAGGGAAAAAAACAAAGACCUGGAAUUUCUUUCUCUUAACUCUUCUAUCUUGACAUAUUUGCACUUGGUACUUAACAAAAAAAAAAAAA